AUGGAGGAGGGUCACUGUGAGGAUGAGGUUGAGGGUGAGGGCCAGGCUGAUGUUCAACCUGAAGUUGGAACAAAAAUGGAGGAGGGUCACUAUGAGGGUGAGGUUGAGGCUCAAGUUGGAACAAAAUUGGAGGAGGGUGACUGUGAAGUUGCAAAACAAAUUGAACAUGUGGAGGAUGGUGAAGUACAUGAUGUAGAGGAGGUUGAGGUACAUGAUGUAAAUGAUUUUGAGCUACAAGAUGUAAAAGAGGAUGAGAUUGAGGAUGAUCAUGUGGGUGAUGAUGAGGGUGAGGAUGAUGAUGAGCAUGAAGAGGUUGGAGAUGAUGGUGAGGAUGAGUCUGUGAGUGAACAUGGUGAGGAUGAAGAUGUAGAUGAGUCUGUGAGUGAAGAAAGUCUAGUUGAUGUCACCAUUGAGUGUGACAUUAGUAGUUUGAAACGAAAUGUGAGGGAAGAACAACCUGACAGUCCAAUAGGUGAGUCAUCAAGGACAACUGAUAAUGAUUCCAUGCAUGAUGUUCGUGGCUUGUCUAACACUGAGUGGGUGUCAGAUGAGUUGGAUAGUGGUCCAGACAAUGAGGACGAUGAUGAUUCCAUUCGGAGAACUUUGUUUCCCACAUUUAGCAUGCCUAAAAGUUUGACGGAUUAUAAAUGGGAAGUGGGAACCUAUUUCACUGAGAAAAGGAAUUUACAGAGGCCAUUAGGACUUAUGCACUGA